AUGAUUUUGAUAGUAAUAACUAUUAUUUUCUUAAUAAUUCCUGGAAUUUUAAAGGGUUAAAUAAUAAAUGUUAAUUAAAUAUACUCCCCUUUGUUUCAUAAUUAACUGUAAUAAAAUGAUUCUAACUGGAUUCCUUUAAAGUUAAAGGCCAUUUCAUUUAAUAAUUGGAUCUUUUUGUCAUCUGGAUUCAGUGGAAUUACUGUUAUAAGCCAGGAAGGUGAUUAAAUCUUGCAGAUAGAAAACAUAGAAAACAACUACAUAGAGUCAUUUGAAGUUAAUUCAGAUGCAUCAUGCAUUUUUAUAGGGAUCCGUAAUUCUUUGAGGGUGUAUUCUCUCACAUAUUUAAAAAAUAACACUAAAUUGUUUGAGUUUUAACUUUAAUCAACCUACACCUUUCCAACAGAUAUCUAAAAAAUGGUUUACAGUGAGAGCAAAGAGCUGUUAGUUGUUGGCGGGAGAUAGGGAUAAGUUAUUGUAUAUGAUACUACACAUAAAAUUAGUAUCAAAUAAGUUGCAGUAUUUAAUACAACAUCUGGAGUUAUAAAUGGUCUUUUUAUUUCCAAAAAUGGAGAUUGGCUUUAUAUAGCUAGCGAUUUGGUAGGCCUAUUCAUGCUCAAGCUACAAGAAAUUACACUUCCAAAAGACUCUCUAGAUAGUCGCUAGAUCUAAUUAAUAUUAGCUGGUCAUGGUACAUAUGGGAUCAUAUCUUACCAAGUGAUUGCAACUUCAGAUAAUUUCUACAUAUUUGCUAUUGAUUUUUGGUAUGGUUUUUUCUAUGCAAAUUCUUAGUAAAUUGUCCAAAGUAGUGUAAAUUAAUAUCCAUUUAAUAUUAAUUUUAAUGCAUAUUGGCCUUUUCACUAAUUUAAUCCAACAUGUUAGUCAUUAAUUCUUAAUUCUCAAGAGACUUUUUUAUUUCUAGGAGUGAGAUCUUAAGGUAUUUUUAUAUUCGAUAUUAGGGACAGAGAGUAAAUUAAAUUUUUCUAACAAAUCAACUCUGAUUCUCUCGUUUAUUCAAUUUAGUUUUCAAUUAAAGAAGACUUUCUAUAUUUUUCGGAUGCAACAAAAGUCUUUACAUUUUAGCAAGAAUAAAUUAAUUUAAACGAGAAUUUUCCAAAUUUGUUCAAUAUCCACUAAAUAAAAUAUGGAUAGCUUCCAACUUAAAAUUAUAAGUGGAGAUGCUACACUGAUGCGAAUGAUGAUUAUCUAAUUGGAGCUUUUGACUAUUCUGGUUUGUUCAUUUUCCCUAUCAGACAAAAUCCUUACAAUUUAGAUACGUCUGUUUACAAAUUUUACGACUUGCAAGUAGACUCUAUUUACUUUGAACCUUCUGGAAAAUACAUGGUAAUUCCUUAAUACUUUUCUGAAUAUCUACUAGGAAUUUACUAGUAUGAGCCGCUUGAUAAUAGUCCAGAAUAGUAAAAUAUAUCUUUGGAAAAUACAAAACUGAUUAAAUAAUAUGACAUAAAUUAAUUAUAAAUAACUGAAAUGAUCACUUUUAGUUUCGAUAGGUAGUACGCUGUUUAGACAUAUGGUAUAGGCUUAAUCAUUUACAAUGCAACUGAUAUUUUCAACAUUUAAAUUCUUUCUAGAUGGAAUACCCCAGAUUUCAUGCAAGGAGAAAACCAAGGAGCAUGUAUAACUAAUGAUAAUAAUUGGAUAUUAAGCACAAUAAGGUUGUUUGGUGUUUAUCUUUUGAACAUUUAAGAUAAGAGCAAACCAUUUUUAUCUGACUACAAAUACACUCUUGGUGGAGAAAGUAUAAUUAUUUCAUCAUUUUAAAAUUAUGCUUACCUAAUCGAUGGAAUCAAAGGAUUUGCAAUAAUAGAUACAAAUUUUUUUCCAAAAAUUAAUAUCAUAUCAAGGAUUAGCUUACCAGGAUAUUGUGUUAUGGGUUUACUAAUUUAAGAUGAGUAAUAUAUAUUUGUUACCACUAUGGAAAGAGGAAUGCUCACUUUAAUUGACAUUAGAGAUAAAAGAUUCCCUACAGUAGUAAAUGCAAUAAUAUAUGAAAAGCAAUAUGGAAUGGCGAUUUGCAUGCCUAAUAAUUCAAAUUAUAUUUUUGUUACUACUUCAGCAGGUAUUAUUACCUUUCCCAUCUAUAGUGGUGUAAAGAUGCACACAAGUGUGAGUUUAAUUUCAUAAAAUCAGCUCACAUAAGAGGUUCGAAUCUCUAAAUAUGAGAAAAGAAAUAUAUAAGGUGAUUAAAAUACCCCAACGCUCAACGAUGAAUAUAUUUUUUAUGUUGGAGAAUAAAUCUAAUUUAAUUUUGCUAUUUUAUAUCCUAUUGAUGAAAAUAUGCACAUCAGUGACAUCUAUUUUUAUCAAGAUGGAUAAAUGGUGAAAUUACCUUCUUUCUUUUCGUUUGAUUAAUUCUAGCAGUCUAUUUAAUUUUAAACUGAUAAGGCUUUGCUUGGAAGUAGCAAAGUAAAUUUGAAUCUAAACAUAAUACUUAUAAAAACAGUAAUCCCAUUAAAUUCAAACUCCUUUAUAUUUAAUUAAUAAAACUAACUUGAUAAAGCUAUUACUAAUCAAUAACAAUCUCAGUAUAUUUACCAGAGCCUCUUAUAGUAAAAUAUUUUAGAUUCUAACUCAAUAAUUAGUGAAAGUUAUGAUUUUACUAAAGCUUUAAUUUUCGAUCUUACAGUUUAAUAAUAAAUUUUAGAUCCAUCUGUUUUCUAAGAUUAAAAUUUAAAAAAUAUUGUUCUGCCAUAAAUUAUUUGGAAAAUAAACCUAUCAUUGAUGAAGUCUUUUUACAUAAACCCAAUAAAAUUCUAUAUAUAACCAUCUUUGAAAUUUAAUAGCACUUAAACAUCUUAGUUUAUCACAACUAACUCAUAAGCUAUUUCAGUUACUUUGCAAAUCGACAACAAAUCUGGUAAAUUGAUAUUACGAAGUGUCUUAAGUGUAGCUUUUUAGAUUUCUGAUUAGAAAGAUCAAAUUAUUAUUACUGGAACUGUUGUUAAUGUCAAUGCUGUUUUAUAAUAAAAAAUAGUCUUUGCCAAUAUAACAGAGAUAACAAGCACAAAUAGUUCAAAUAUUACAAUAACAGUAGUUGAUAGCAUAAAUUAUCCAAUAGUUUAAGUUAUUCCUAUCUUUUAAUGCUAAUUCAUAUCAUUAAAGUAGCAAUUAGUGCUUAAUGCAUAGAAUACUUUAUAAGAUUAAAUUUAUAAUUAAUUUUCUGAAGGAAUUCUUUUUAUUGAAAGUGAAAUUACUAUUUCGUUUUCACAUAGUACAUUUCUAGUUGAAGAUGUAUCAGAUAUAUCAUAUGAAUAUUUUUAUCUUACCUCAAACGGUAAUUACAUUUCUAUUCCUCCAAAUUUAUGGCUUCAGUAGAUGGAUGGAAGUUCGCUUACCCUAAAAGGGUAAACAACUGCAAGUAUGUACCUCAAAUCAUACACUUUCAAAAUUAUUGCCUCUGAUGGUUAUACAAAAGCAGAAGACACCUUUACAAUUAUUAUAAGUGGAGUACCAUUGAAUUAUGUCUUAAAUUUGUUAUUUAAAAUCUUAGGUCCAAUUGUCUUUGUUUUAGGCAUGUACAAACAAAGAAGCAUCUUCUUAAAUAUCAUAUUUAGUAAUAAAGUAACAUACUCAGAAGAAAUUGCAAUCUGCAAUCAACCAUUUGUAAAAUAAAUAAUAAUGCUCGGAUCUCUCUAGUAGGAUUCUAAAUAAAUUGUUAACUAGUUAUUUUCAAAAGUAUUGGUCAAAAUGAAACAGCAAAUACAAAUAGAUUCUUCAAGCCAAAAUAAAGAACGUAAAAUUAGUUUUGAUUUAAAAUCAGAAUCUGAAAAAGAUAGUAACAUUUUUAACAUUUGCAAUAACUCAAAUGAAGAUUUCAAGAAUUUUCAAGAAAGCAAACUAUAACUCACAUAAAAGAAAAUAAACCCUAAAAGCUUAGAAAAAAUGACCUAAAGUAUUAGUAAAAAUAAGAAACACUCAGUAAGGUCGAUCCUUGAAAGAAAGUAUUUAAAUUAAAAUGGUUCAAUCAACACAAGUUAAAUAAUUUGUGAUAUCUAAUCUUACAAUUUAAAUCUAACUCAGUCAAAUUUUAAUUAUGAAAAUGAAAUUCAAGAUCCAAAUUCUAGAAUUUAAGUAGCCAUUAGAGCCUAUAUUUCAAGAUAUUUCUUAAGUCUUGAUAAGAAAUCUUAAAAAGCUUAUGAAAAUAUUAAGCGUUACUGUUUGUAAUUUUUACAUCAAUAAGAGAAUGAUUGGUACAAAUAGAUAGUUAUUAUAAAAUAUGAUUAUGACUAAAAGGAUAUUCAAAACUAAUAAAACCUCAGCAUAUUCCCAAAAAUAGACUUUCAAUAUUUGAUUCUAACUCACAUUUUUCAAUCUUUUAAGCUCUUUCCAGAUAAACUUUAAGAAACACCUAAUAAUUUUAAAGAAUUUUUGGAGUUUGAAGCAAAAUACAAGACUAAUAUAAAUAUUUAUUUAAUUAGAGAUGUUAUUUUUGCUGAUGUUCUUGGUUUUAAGUAAUUUUCUCCAUCUAAAUUUAAGCCUUCAGUAGGUUAAUCAAUACAUCUUUUUUCAUAUGAAAUCAAAUAAAUAAUUGCUUAUAAGAAGAAAAAUAUUAAAGAUUGUUUAAAGCCUGUCUUUAAAUUUUUUAAUCUAGAUUAUACUAAAUAUGGAAUCUCCAAGAAUAUGAGACUCCCAGCAUGGAUUUAUCUAGAUCAGAAACGAGGUAUGAUUGUCAUGCGUGGAGUUCCUCAGUACGAAGACUCAGAAGAAGUCUUAAUUAAAAUCAAAGAUUACUCUGGCUAUGUAGUUUAGCAAUUUCUGUUAAAAAUCAGAGCUAAUGCAAGCCAAUAAAUGUAAAAUAACGAAAACACAUUAUAAACUCUAAAUUUAUCUAAUUAAUACGAUUUAAAUAUUAAUCAUAGAAAAAGCUAAUAUAAAUUUAAUACCUCUCCCUUUUUUAAAUACAAAGAUAAUUCUCAGAUAAACUUUUCUUAGUAUUUUUUUUAGUAACAAGAUUAAACGAAAUCAAUAGAUAAUUAAAAAAAUAGUGGUAAUUUUAAAUUAAGCUUGCCUAGCUAAUAGAAUUUAGAACUUCAAUCUUUAGAAGAAGAAGGGAAUACAUUCAAUUAAAAAUCACUGAAAAUUUAGUAAAUCAUAGAUUAUCAAUUUAGGAGAAACAAAAAUAGCAAAAACAUUACAUAAAUUAGCAAUACUACUGAAGAAAUCUAAAAAAUUAUAGAUAAAGACUCUUAAAUAUUAACUCUUGAAGACGAUAUUUCUUCAACCAAAUGUGACUAAAGGCGAAAUAGUUGA